AUGGAUUACGACCUGGGUGAAUACCACCGCGAGGUAACAACUUCAAACCAGGAUGCGCAGAUCUGGUUCACCCGGGGUCUUAUUUGGGCCUACGCAUUCAAUCAUGAAGAAUCGGUGCGAUGCUUUGAGCGGGUCGUCGAGCUCGACCCGGGCUGCGCAAUGGGCCACUGGGGCAUCGCCUUUGCCCUGGGUCCAAACUACAAUAAACCGUGGAAGCUUUUCGACGGAGAGGACCUGCAAGCAACCACAACACGUGCGCAUCGCGCUAUCGUGGAAGCGAAGAAGUACGGCCCCGAAGUCACGGACUUGGAAAAUGCGCUGAUCGAUGCGCUGUCCUCCCGGUAUCCGCAGGCAGAGCCCGGGGAUUGCGAUGAGUGGAACAAGAGCUAUGCCGAGGCUAUGGAAGCUGUAUACGAGCAGUGGCCCGAUGACCUUGAUGUCACGGCGCUGUACUGCGACUCGUUGAUGAAUGUGACGCCCUGGGCUUUGUGGGAUCUGAAAACCGGCCAACCAGCCCCUGGGACGAAGACGCUGUUGAUUAAGAGAAUAUUGGACAAAGCCUUGGAGCGCGACGAAACGCUUGAUCAUCCAGGCAUUCUCCAUUUGUAUAUUCAUCUCAUGGAGAUGUCUCCAACCCCGGAAAUCGCCCUCCAUAUCGCGGAUUAUCUCCGUGGUUUAGUGCCCGACGCCGGCCAUCUUGAACACAUGCCGACUCACAUUGAUAUUUUGUGCGGCGAAUAUCGGCGUGCUAUUGCAUCUAAUACGUCUGCCAUCCGGGCGGACGAAAAGUUCCUCGCAAAUCAGCCUGUUGGGCAUUUCUACAAUCUGUAUCGUGCACAUGACUAUCACUUCAAGAUUUAUGCUGCCAUGCUGGGCGGUCAGUCGAAAAUCGCAAUCGAGACAGGGGCUGAGCUUGCGCAGGUAAUCACUGAGCCCCUUUUGCGGGUUGAGUCACCACCGAUGGCAGACUGGUUAGAAGGCUUCGUUGGCCUUCAAGUGCAUGCAUUCAUCCGAUUUGGCCGCUGGGAGGAAAUUAAUGCUCUGGAACUGCCGUCUGAUGCAGCUUUGUACUGCGUCACGACGGCAAUGAUGCACUACGCGAAAGGUGUUGCGUUCGCAGCAACAGAUCGUGUCCCCGAGGCGGAAACGGAGCGCGAAUUAUUCCGUGACUCAUUGAAACGAAUUCCCCCUUCGCGAACUAUAUUCAACAACCGAUGCAUCGACAUCCUCGGCGUUGGGUCAGCAAUGCUAGAUGGAGAAAUCGCAUAUCGCCGCGGCGAGUAUGAGUCUGCGUUUGAUCAUCUCCGCGAAGCUGCUGAGCGAGACGAUUCGCUCCCUUAUGAUGAACCGUGGGGCUGGAUGCAACCGACAAGACAUGCUCUCGGGGCUUUAUUACUUGAGCAGAACAGAGUCGAUGAGGCCUUAGUUGUUUAUGCAGCUGACCUAGGAAUCGACACGACUCUGCCUCGUGCGCUGAGACACCCCAAUAACGUCUGGGCCUCGCACGGAUACCAUGAGUGUUUGAUCAAACUUGGUCGGAAAGCCGAAGCGCGUGUCUUUGCUCCGCAGUUAAGGCUUACGAUGGCUAUGGCCGAUGUUCCCAUCAAGUCGUCUUGCUUUUGUCGAAAGACUACUUGA